AGCUUUCAACACAGUUUCCCUUCAUGGCGGACGACGAGGUGGAUCAAGACGUUUUCGACUCGCUUGAGCGAGAGGCCUCGGAAUUUACAAAGGAUGCGGAGAUCGACCGCAUCCGCUCAGCCUUCUCUCUCGAUGCAUAUGCUGUCCUCGAUCUUCAGCCCGGUGUGACCGAGAAAGACAUAAAAGUCCAGUACCGCAAGAAAUCCCUUCUCAUUCACCCCGAUAAGACCAAGAAUCCCGCUGCGCCCGACGCCUUUGACCGGCUCAAGAAAGCGCAAACAGCCCUCCUUGAUGAAAAGCAGCGCACCUAUCUGGAUGAGUGCAUUGCCGAUGCUCGGCGGUUGUUGAUCCGCGAACACAAAUACACGCUGGACUCCCCUGAGCUACAGACGGAAGAAUUCAAGGUGGAAUGGAGGAAAAAGGCUGUCCACGUGCUUCUUGAGGAAGAAGCCCGGCGACGUCGCCAGGCCAAGGCGCGUAUGCAAGAAGAAGGUCGUGAGAAGCGCAAGGAAGAGGAAGAACUAGAGGCGCGCAAGCGCAAGCGCGAUCAGGACAAGGCGUGGGAGGAUACACGAGAGGAGCGCAUUGGGACCUGGCGGGAUUGGCAGAAGGGGCAUAAGACUGGCGAUGAGAAGAAGAAAAAGAAAAAGAUGAAGGUUCUGGGCUAA